CAUAUUUGUGUUGGUAGUACUUUCAACUGGAGAAAAGUUGAAUUUCAGCCAUAACCUGUAAAUAUGUUUCAUAGAAGAUAUCUAUGCCAAGUAUUGAAAUAUUGCAAAUAUAAAUGCAAUGCAUCUCAAAAUGAAGCAGCCAGAAUUGUGCACACGUCUUCGAGGUUCUACUGUGAUAAUAAAGAGAACAAAGUGCAAGUGCAAAUGAAUUUUGAGAAUAUAGAGAAGAAGACGAAGAACUCAUAUUUGGACAUGAUUGAUAUUUUUAUUGGCAGGGAUGUGCACAGGAGAGGUCAUGUAGAGUUCAUAUACUCAGCAAUGAAGAACAUGCAAAGCUUUAAUGUACACCAGGAUUUAACAGUGUACAAAGCUUUAAUUGAUGUGCUUCCCAAGGGGAAGUUCAUCCCGACAAAUAUGUUUCAAGCUGAGUUUAUGCACUAUCCUAAGCAACAGCAAUGUGCAAUAGACCUUCUGCAACAGAUGGAAGACAAUGGUGUUAUGCCUGAUUAUGAGAUGGAAGAUAUUCUGUUAAAUAUAUUUGGUAAAAGGGGUUACCCUUUAAGAAAAUUCUGGAGAAUGAUGUAUUGGAUGCCUAAGUUCAAGAACUUAUCUCCAUGGCCUGUACCAAACCCACCUCCAAAUGAUAGUUUUGAGUUAGCAAAACUUGCUAUUGCAAGGAUAAGCAGUAUUGAUAUACAAUCUCAGAUGACCAUUUACCAUACCUCAGAUAUAGCAGAUUCAAUUGAAGACACAUGGAUUGUUAGUGCUCAAAGUCCUAUUCAGAAAGUCUUAUUGGAAGAACACAACCCUAAACAACCAAUUUAUGUGGAAGGGUCAUUCAGGGUAUGGCUUAGGAACGAAUCAGUAAACUACUUCAUUUUGAGGACUGCUGCUAAGGUUCUUGACUACGAAAUUGAAGACACUGAUGACGUCAGCAAUAUUAAAGUACCUUUCUUCAAUAUAUUGCCGGAAGAACCGAAAUCUUUAUCCACUAUUCCAUCGGUGCAUGAGCAGGAAGAUGGUGUUAUUUAUGCGCUAUGCGCGACAGGCACUUCGAGCAAAGACUCGCUAUUGUCAUGGGUUAGGCAUUUAGAGAAGGUAAACCCAAAAUUAACAGAAUGUCCUAUUGUGUUUACCUUAAAGUCGGCAGAAAAGGAAUUGGCCACUUUCCAAGGAAAUAACGACGAAGAUGAAACGAAAACCAAGAUAGAUGAGAAAUGAUUUGAAUUUCUUGUACAUAUUUGAAAUUUUAAAUUAUAUUAUUUGUUCUACCUACAUUUUUUCUA